AUGCACAAUAUGCCUGCCAAGCUGCCAGAUUACCUUCUGAUUGAAAUGAAUCAGCAUGUUAGUUGUCAAACUCAGUUGCAAGCUGAUCGAUUCACUAUAUAUAAUAUCAUCAGCCAGUUAGUGAAGGUAUACCCAAAUGAUCUUAAGCAACUGGGACCAGACUUCAUUUACCAGGUUAUUUCAAAUAUUGAUGGUGAAAAGGAUCCUCGUAAUCUUAUGUUCCUGUUUGGAAUGAUGCCUAAUUUUUUGAAGACAUUUUCUUUGGGUCACUUGACUGAAGAAAUGUUUGAUGUUUUUUCGUGCUAUUUUCCCGUCGACUUUUAUUCUGCUACCAGCAGUCCUUCCUCAGUCACUCGUGAGCAGUUAGCUGUAGCACUUGCUUCUUGCUUGACUGCUGUAGCGGAUUUCUCAGAAUUUUGUUUUCCUCUGAUAUUUGAGAAGUUGGAGUCUACUCGGAAAGAAGCAAAGCUGGAUUGCUUCUAUCUACUUAAAACAGGAUUUUCCAGUUUUCCUAUUUCUUCUAUAGAACCAAACUUACCUGUAAUAUGGAGAAACAUUAAACCUGAAGUGCUGCCAGGGGCAGAUAAGGAUAUCCGUGAAGCCGCUUUAGAAGCACUACGUGCCCUGCUACACAGUUUGUCAGUGUCUCCUCUCAACAGGGAAUAUGCAGCGCUGCUUACACAAGUUGUACAGGUUGUGAUAAGAGAUUCUCUACCAUCGCUGAAGGAAGUGGAGAUGAAUGCAUUUUUGCCGUCUGUCCAAUUGUUGCUGUGUGUCGCCGAAGCAUCAGUGCCAUCGUGUAUUCAGGUUGUUACUGAGAUUACACCAGUUCUUCAAACACAGUACUACAGAGAUCAGACUUUUACUGAAAAAGCACUUGUGUUGCAAACUAUAACGAAUUUUCUUAAUGUCUGCAAUAACAAAGGCCUGGUAUCAGAAGAAGCAGAAGAACUGCUGCAAAUUCGUAGAGAUUUGUGUUCCUUAUAUUUAGAUGCAGUUGUGACAGAAAAUGAAGAGGUGUUAGUUGAAGCUCUUUGUGGACUGAGUAUUAUUAUUAACUGUUUAGAUAGUAAUAGCCGCUGUAAGCUGUAUGACAUUUUAGCUGGUUGCCUCAAACAAUCGAAAAAGAAAAAGUUAAGGCUUGAAGCCAUUACGUGUUUUAAGAAACUGGCCAAAAUACAUACAGAAGAGAUUAUGAGUAACAUGGUUAACUGUAAACUUCAAGUCUUUGAAGGUGGUGGGGAUGAAAAUUUUGAUGAUGUUUAUGAGUGCUGCCAAUUUGCUUUGUGUGAAAUUGCAGACAUAGAAUCAUUUACAACAUUUAUUGUACCACAAUUUUUAGACUUGGUGGUUGGUUCACAUGAUUUCAAGAAACGCCUUGUGGGAAUCAGCUGUUUGAGAAAGCUUGUGGAAGUUCCUGAUGAUGAUGAAUCGCGGAUACAUAACUUUCUCUAUGAGCAGUGUGAUGUUGUGUCCUGUUUAGUCUUUUGGUGCUUCCAAAAACUGCAAGAGGAGGACUUUGUCAAUGCUUCACAAUUUGUAGACCUUUUGAGAUUAAUUGCACAAGUACUGGAUUGUGUCAUGCGGAGACAAAUGUCAAGUGUUCAAAGUGAUGUGGUAUCACAAUUUGUUCCAUGGUUCCUGAAUCCUGAAGCUUAUGUUAAAAGUGAAAAGCCAGUUUUUCCACUGAAUCCUGCAUCUCCUGCCAGUCAGACACAGCUGGUAAUUUUAUUGGAAGGACUUAUUGGCUCUAUGAGACAGGAUGUCAGUUUACAAUGCAGAGAGGAGCUGAUAAACAUUCUAACAUUGUUGAGCAUAGAAACAAAUCAUAUUACAUACCCACAGAUCAGCAAGCCGUCUCAUUGGAAAUCUUAUAAAUAA